CUCUCUCUCUCUCUCUCCCUCUCUCCCGCUCUCAACACCCACGCUCCGCGCAACGCAAUUUGAACCACAUGACACCACACCCUGCUACACUACACGCACUCGACUGCUGAUAACAAUAAUUCUCCCACUACCACCUCCUCUCACCACUACCACCACUACCACCACUACCACUACUACCACUACCACUACUACUAUCACUACAACACGACUCCGCCAACGCCGGCUCCACACGUAAUUCGCCACCCGCUGCCGCUGUCGACCAUUCGCACGCAGUCGCAGUGCUUCGUUGCGAGGUACGAAGCUGAGUUAGGUAGUCUGCUCUGCCUCGCCUUACCAUCACCUCACCUCACCUCAGCCCACAGCCACGUCCCGCACGUUUCACGCCGACAUUACAGACGUCACAAAUUCACACCGGCGCAUCGCUGCGCUAUAGAACUGCCACCGCUCUGUGAAACCUCUGCCUUCACCACUAUGCUCGCUGUCACCUUAUAGCACGAGCGGCCCGUUGGGUCAUUAUCAAUCAACGUUCGCACCCGUCCACACCUGCACGUUGUUAACCCUCUCGAGUCUACUACAAUACAGAGCCUGCGCUGGACCAGGCCUUACUCUCGACAACACGAGCACCGUGGACCACCCUCCCAUCUACCUACACCUGACCCAACAACACCUGCAUCCCCUGUCACAUCAUGGACCACCGUAAUACCGUGCAGCGAUCGGCUCCCUCUGCCACGACUGCUGGUAUGGACCAUUCCGAGGAAAUCCUCCCCGACGUAGACGAGCCGCCAGACGAACGAAAGAGCCGCUCCACGUGGGCGCCACCAAAGCUCGCUGCUUACCCACCCUACAACAAAGCCGAUCCCGCAAUGUACCUGCGCCGCGAAUCUUUGUUGACGCGCCAACUGCAUUCCGAGGCCGAACAAACCGAUGACGAGCCACCCUCUCGCGCACCUCCUCGUACCUUGAGCACGCAGUCUACAUGGAGCAUUCCCAGCACCGCAUCUACUGCAGAGUUGACCAGUGACGACGGCCAUAGCGUCGCGAGUCCCUUCCACUCACCGCCUCUGCCCGCGACGGUCAUCAGCACUGCUGUCCCGGCAAUAGGAAAGCCUGCCAAUAAGGAACCGAAGAUCGCGGAGCACGACAAUAAGUUGGCAGACACUACGGGCUCAGAGCAGUCGGUGGAGGCAGGACUGGGGCGGAAAAGAUGCAUCAGCUUCGCGUGUGGCGGUGGCGGCAAGGACAAGAAGUCUCCCACCUCUCAGCCUACACCUGUUGCGCCUCCUGUGCAGACCGCCGCGCCUUCGUCACCACCGAAACGCAAAUGCGCCCUCAAGUUCGUCUGUCCCACUCGGGCUGCAAUGGAGCCCAGAAUGCCCAUGGUGGAGAAGAGGUCGUCGGGCAGGCGUCUCGCCAGCCCGCCUCCUCUCGAGCGACGCAGCAAGAUCGAAUCACCACGAGUACAUCGUGGCUCCGACAGCACCGUCACACACGCUUCACCAAAAAGUGUUCGCAAGACUCCCGCCGUACCCGAGACUGCUGCUCCCAUCCCGACCACAUCAUCUGCUGCUGUGCCUAUACACAGACGCAAACCAUCUCACGGCUCCGACAACAGCACGGAAGCUCUUCGUUUCCACGAAUUCGCCUCGGAAGAUGGCGAGCCAGAAGAGUGGGUACAGGAGUCGACAUGCUACAAGAGUCGACUCACGGUGAACGACACCCUGCAGAAGGAAAUCACCAUCCGCAAAGCCUGUGAAGAGGUGGAGGAAGAAGCACUGGAGGAGGAAGACGCGGAAGACGAUGAGAAUGAUGACAUGGACGAAGAUGAUGGGGAACAAGACGAUGACAUCGAGCUCGAAUCCGAGUCGGACGACGGAUUCCGCACAGACGACGAGGAUGGGUUUGCAGAGUCGGAUUCGGAGGGCGAGGAUAGUGACGGGGACUGGUGGAGACCUGGUGGCCUGUCCACCGCUGCCACUUCGACAGAUCACCUUGAUCAGCUGGCCAAGAUGAAGCUCAACGAUACUACCCUGCAGACGUCUUCCCUGGGUUCUGUGAGCUCCGGCCACAUGUCGCCGAGGAACCUGUCACGAAAACCACGGAAGACACUGGCCAACGCCAUGCCCAUUUCACUUCGACCGGAGCCGAUGGACUUGCCGGACUCCACCGACUUCGUCUGCGGCACCCUGGAUGAGGAUCGUCCUUUGGAGCAAGCCUUUCUCAACCACAAGAAGGCACGCGAAGCGGCCAAGCACAAGGCACGUCCCCAAGAUAUUGACCCCACAUUCCCGACCUCGGAUCCUGAAAUGGACGAAGAGGACGACGAUGAUCUGGAGGAUGCGGAAGAGAGCGAGAACGAAAACUUGAUGCAUGGAGGGCUGGAGGAUCUUCACGGCGACUCUACUCUUCGUCAUCGGCCUGCCAAUCGUGGCCGCCGAUCCAGUCAACUGCAUCGAUCGCCGCCGCCUCCUGCUCGUCGUCGAUCGCCUGCUCCUGCUGGUAUGAAGCGCACGGCGACCACAGCUCGUUCGCCCCCUCCGCCGGGGCGACGCAAUGCUGCACGGUCACCGCCGCCCACGGUCCGACGGACACGCUCUCCUGCACCACGCAAGCUGUUCGCCCAUUCGCCGAAGAGGACUCAGUCCCCCGCGCCACAGGGACACAAUAUGCCUUCUCCGCCCAAUACACGGCGUGCAUCUCCCGUAUCUUUCGGUUUUGGCAAUCAACCGAACGUCCUUGCCAGUAGACCGCAACUGACGCAUACUGCUUCCCUUCCUCGCAACGGCGGCUACACUCUGGGCAAAUUUAAUGGCUAUCGCAUGGACGACGGCGAGGAAACCGAGACGGGUCACCACACCCGUGCGAGCGAUUAUCAUAAGCGCGGAGCCAUUGACAUUUACAAAGGUCUCGAGAAGAGGCGACAGCGCCGCAAAGAGAAGCUCCAUGCAAAGAUGUGUGCCAAGGCCGCUGCCAAAGGCGAAAAGGCGUACAAAGUCAAGCCUGGCAAAGGAGCGGAACGAAUGAGGGAACUGGGCCUGGAGCUCCAGCGUUAUCGGGGCAAGGGUGAGCACAUUCUGUCCGCCUGAGGUCGAUAUCACACACCCGACACUUCUUUUUCUUUUUCUUUUGGUACAUGUGCGAGCUUGAGCACAGCGGCCGACCAGAACACAAUAUGGUUUUGGCACCCCCUUUUACAGACCCUCGUCAGGAGCAGAGGAUUCCUGACAUAGUCUGUCUGGUCCGCUGCGCUCGCUAAGCACUCUACAAGACAAACCCUUUUUUUCCUUGUGCGUUGAGAGAUUUAUAUAUUUACUUUUGGCAUGAGCGACAUCCGAAUAGAAUCGGAUAAUCAGCACAGCAUACGAUGAGCGUUCUAUAUCAUACUCGGGACUACCACACACCGGAAUCGCUAGUCUUGGGCAUUCAUGAAAUUCC